GAGCCUUGGCCACGGCGUGACGUGAGUACUGGGAGCCGCAGGGGCCUCCUCAGUUCUAAUCUCCCUGGCCGCCGGGCGGGAGCAGGUAGCCUCAGCCCCGCGCCGCCCCUGCUCCCCGCGCUCCGCCUCCCGGGCGAGAAGGGCGUAGCCGGCACGAACAGAGGACGCGAGGGCCGCCCGCAUGGCCUCGGCGGGCGCGCGGCGACUCCUGGCCGGGACGCGCGCAGUGGUCGAGCGCUGCCGCGGCCUCCCGCUCCGCCCGGCCCCGCCCCCGGGCCCGCCGCGACUGCCGCGACCAAUGAGACUUCUCAUCUCCUGCAGCCUCCUUUGGACCCGGACUGCCCGGAUCUUGGCUGCCAAGGCUGGCUUAUCUCCCAGUCGUUCCUUCAUGGGCUUUGCUGCCCCCUUCACCAACAAACGAAAGGCGUACUCCGAGCGUAGGAUCAUGGGUUCUUUGGCCUCUCUGAUUCCGUGCCCUAGGUACUCGAUGCAGGAGAUGUAUGAGGUGGUGUCCAAUGUGCAGGAGUACCGUGAAUUUGUGCCCUGGUGUAAGAAGUCAUUGGUGGUAUCCAGCCGCAAAGGUCACCUGAAGGCCCAGUUGGAGGUUGGCUUUCCACCUGUCAUGGAACGUUAUACCUCUGCUGUUUCCAUGGUCAAACCUCACAUGGUCAAGGCUGUUUGCACUGAUGGCAAGCUCUUCAACCACUUAGAGACCAUUUGGCGAUUCAGUCCUGGUAUUCCUGCCUACCCUCGAACUUGCACUGUGGACUUUUCGAUUUCCUUUGAAUUUCGUUCUCUGCUGCACUCCCAGCUUGCCACCAUGUUUUUUGAUGAGGUUGUCAAACAGAAUGUUGCUGCCUUCGAGCGCCGGGCAGCCACCAAGUUUGGUCCAGAAACAGCCAUCCCCCGUGAACUGAUGUUCCAUGAGGUGCACCAGACUUGAGGCAAAGGAUGUUCCCUAGCCUCUUCUCUCCCUCCAAUUCUCUUUUAUUUAUUUCAUUUGCCUCUUGCUCCAAUUUGAGAGAAGAGUCUGUGUUCAUAAUACUGUUUUCCCUCACUUCCCCAGAAAUUGGACUCUAAGCUGGCUAGAAAUGCUGGGGGAGAUAAAAAGUAGGGGGUAUAGAAAAGACAUGCUGAGGGAAGGGUCGGGCUCAUCUUCAGAGCUCCAUAUGUUUGAUACUGCAGCUGUCUUACAGUGAAUUACAAUCUGGACUGCAGCUGUCUGUGGGCCCUGUCAAGGUGCCUUAGUAUCUGAGAAGGGGAAGAUAGCAGCUUUCCUAAGGACUGAAUAAAUUAAGCUUUUUCCUGACAGAUAGUGGGUGGUCAGUAACUUACCUGCCUGAGAUCUGGCCCCAUCUUGAGAUCCAUGUGACCUCACUUGAAGAGUAAUUACUUCCAUGCUGCCUGGCUAGUGGUGAGCAAGACUUCCUUACCAUCAGUGCUGCAGGGCCAAGGGGGAAAAAAGGCACCCAACAGAGCUGUACUUUAGGGUUGGACCUAACUCUUCCACUUGACCUGAGUUUUUCUAAAAUUUCAAUAAAUUGUGAGUGUGAA